UCACUUUUCAUUUCACACACACACACACACCCCUCCUCUCUGCUCCACCCUGCCAUCCAUCCAUCCAUCCAUCCAUCCCCGCACACUGCGCUGGAUCAACACGCUACACCACCGCUUCUCCAGCUUUCUCACAAAAUAUCGGAUUUCACACAGCUCGCGCACUUUUGCACACAUCCUGCUUAGAGACAUGUUGUCUCGCGACUGAUGCUUUUUACACCUGAGAACAGCGAUGCUUAAACCAGGUACACUCCGGCUGCAUUGAGACGAGCAGUGGAUUAAAAAAGGUGAACUUCAGGCAGCACACACGGGACUGGACCACAAACAAGAGGCUUCACAUUUGCUGUCAGCAUGGCUGUGAACAUGAUGCCAGAUCCCACCGUUUGGCUGGGCGAGGAACAACCGUCGCUGCUGGACCAGGAGGACUCUCCGUCGAGCCAAGCCCCCGUCUCUGUGCCAUGCCCCCCAGUCAGAGGUGAACCUCUCAUCCACAGCAGCAGCAGCAGCCCGGUCAUCACACGGCCUCCACGCAGCAAAUCCAAAGGCGAGCUUGUCAUUGUCAUCAACGAGAAGCUGAAGAACAGUAAUGGGAUCCACCCAACGCCCGCAGAGAGCACCUCCCCAGUCAUCUGCUCUCCUCCCAGAAGACAACACUCCAUCUCUUAUCCCCAUCACAACAAGACCAGGAAGGGGAGCAGGGCGAGCUCCAUCGGCUACACCGCCUUCUCGCCCAGGCCGUCGAUUUCUCGCCACUCCAGCAUCGCCACAAACCCACCCUUGGACCGGACAAAGGUCAAAGACUACCUCUUCCUGUCCGUGCUGGCCUGCUUCUGCCCCGUGUGGCCCAUCAACAUCGUGGGAUUUGUUUAUUCCAUCAUGUCCAAGAACAGUCUGGAGCAGGGGAACCUGGACGGCGCCGUGCGUCUAGGACGUGUGGCCAAGAUGCUCUCCAUUGUGUCACUAGUAGGAGGGACGGUCAUUAUCAUCGCCUGCAUCGUCAACCUAGCCAUAAAUGUGAAAACCUGAGUUUCAUCCCGGGAUGAAACUGGAUAAGGCAACUGACCGUCUGUCCCGCACCUGCACCACCGUCUUUACAGCCUCGUCAUUACCUGGAUGUGUGACAAAUAUGCACCCGAUAUACAGUGCUUACUUGUAUUUCUGUAAUCUAUAUAAAUCCCUUUUUUGCUAAUGGAAGAAAAGAAAAAUAUGCAAAUGCUGCUGUUCUGAGUCAGAGGGGGGUUCGUCUGUUAGAAGGAAGUCGACAGUGUAAUCAGCUCCUUCGUAUUCUGGUCAACACAUUCAGAAUGAUUCUUCAAGAAUCCCAUCAUCGCCCCGGAACUGACUCAGACAAGGUGGACUAGAGAAUUGGGUGGAGGUUGUUACAGACCGUGAAACCAGAAUGAUUGCCUUCCAGCUUCAUCGCCACAUGCAACAAAAUGUCCGCCCUUCACUGCAACCGACGACGCUGAAUCCCCUCGGAUACGUGGAGAGAGGCUCUGGGAUUUGUGGCUGCAUUGGAAUCACAGAGCAGAAAUUCACCCUCACAGAGAACAAAAACACUUUGAAGCGCAGUAUGUCCUCUUGUUCCUGACUCUUCUCCGAGGCUCUCAUGACUCCCGCCCAUACGUCUUGCGUUUGAGAGAGAGAGAGAGAGAGAGAGAGAGAGAGAGAGAGAGAGAGAGAGAGAGAGAGAGAGAGAGAGAGAGAGAGAGAGAGAGAGAGAGAGAGAGAGAGAGAGAGAGAGAGUACGGGUGGCAAAAGAGGAUGAAAAAGAGGCUUACCAAGGACUAGCUACGGGUGCUAAACUCCAAGGGAUUAUGGAAAGUCUCACACAGAAGGCACAGUCAUCACUGCAAGGAAAAAUAUGUGCCAAAAAAGACCCAACUCUAAACACAGGAUCGUUGUAGAGAGGAAAAGUGUUUGUUUUUUUACUCUGUUGCAACUCGACUGUAUAUAAAUCCGCUCGACACCACUGUGAGCUCAAACAAAAAACACUGUAGCAAUCUACUAUACUAAUUAUGAUUCAUCAAAUAUAACCUAUCUUUUGAUAAUGUUUGUAAAAGAUCAUUUUGAAACUGAAUUUCAUAAGUGAAGCUCUUGAAGCGCCGCCGGUGACAGGUGGCGGUUGUAUUGUGUGCACAUGGCCGUCACUAUUUGGUUAACAAAUUCAAUUGCUUUGUGAUUGCAGUGGAAGUUUGCGGCUGUAGCCUCAGUCUGCGUCCACAGGUAGCCUGUACUUUCAGAGCAGGCGCAUUGUGGCUUUUUAUGUCCCUUUGAAAAAAAUCCCUAAAACAACAAUGAACACCUUAAUUAUGUGUCGUCCAUGUUGUUGUCGCACACAGUACGAUAAAUCUGUAAAGCAUUGGUUCAAAGUUCAUGGAGCAGCAGUACUGUGGAGACCUACUUUUAAAAUCUUGAUUUGUUAUUAUUAAUAUAUCUCCUGUAUAAUCGUAACUAACCUCUAAUAUAAAUCUACCUGAUCUGAAACAACUGUGUUUCACGGAGAAUGGAUGAAGCUCUCCUUACUUACUAUAUCCUGAGUUUUGAAUCAUGUACAGAAACGCCACUUGUCAUCAUGAGUUCACACCUGCAGACGGUGUUCUGUAAUGAUUAAAUAUGGCAGUUUUCCCCUCCUAUUAACAUGUAAAUUUAAUUGUAAUCAACAGUGAUGUAUUCUGCAGAUAUAAAUCUCAAUAUUGUGAUAAUUCUCUAGUUAAUAUGAGUUAGCAUUAAGUAGUUCUGAUCUAACGUAGGCGCAGUAACGGACAUCGUGUUACCACCAGGCUUCUAUAAUCUUCGUGGUUAUUGGCAUGUUGUGGAUUUUUAUUAAUGUAUGAUGAUAGAAGUUGAAAAUGGCAUUUGGAAUAUUCUUCUGCAGCACAUUCAUAAUAAAGACACAAUGCAUGUGA